UUUUCUCUUUCUUUUUUUUUUUUUGUCUUUUCUCGUCCCUUCCUUCUUGGCUCUCUAUGUUUGAUAUUUUUAUGCUUGGUGCCGGUGGAAAAUAAAAAGCUACUUGAAUGUACAGCAUGAUGAUGGAAACGGACUUGCACUCCCCCGGCGGAGCCCAGGGCCCCACUAACCUAACGGGCCAGACCGGAGCAGGAGGCGGCGGCGGCGGCGGUGGGAACAAAGCGAACCAAGACCGGGUCAAGAGACCCAUGAACGCCUUCAUGGUGUGGUCCCGGGGCCAGCGCCGGAAGAUGGCCCAGGAGAACCCCAAAAUGCACAACUCGGAGAUCAGCAAGCGCCUGGGAGCCGAGUGGAAAGUCAUGUCCGAGGCCGAGAAAAGACCCUUCAUCGACGAAGCGAAGCGGCUUCGGGCGCUGCACAUGAAGGAGCAUCCGGAUUAUAAAUACCGGCCCCGCAGGAAGACCAAGACCCUGCUCAAGAAGGACAAGUACUCGCUGGCCGGGGGGCUGCUCAGCGCCGGCUCGGCAGGGGGAGGCCCCGCCGGGGUCGGGGUGGGCAUGGGAGUCGGGAUGAGCCCCGCCGGGGUCGGCCAGCGGCUGGAGAGUCCCGGCGGCACGGCCAGCGGGGGGUACGCGCACAUGAACGGCUGGGCCAACGGCGCCUACCCGGGCUCGGUGGCGGCGGCGGCGGCGGCUGCAGCGAUGAUGCAGGAGGCGCAGCUCGCCUACGGGCAGCACCCGGGCAGCGGCGGGCACCCGCACCACCCGCACCCGCACCAUCCGCACCCGCACAACCCGCAGCCCAUGCACCGCUACGACAUGAGUGCGCUGCAGUACAGCCCCAUCUCCAACUCGCAGGGCUACAUGAGCGCCUCGCCCUCGGGCUACGGGGCCAUCUCCUACGGCGCCCAGCCCCACCAGAACUCGGCCGCGGCGGCCGCGGCGGCCGCUGCCGCGGCGGCGGCUUCCUCCGGAGCUCUGGGCGCCUUGGGCUCGCUGGUCAAGUCGGAGCCCAGCGUGAGCCCGCCUGUCACCUCGCACUCACGGGCUCCGUGCCCCGGGGACCUGAGGGAGAUGAUCAGUAUGUACUUACCGGCCGGAGAAGGAGGGGACCCGGCUGCGGCGCAGAGCCGGCUUCACUCCCUGCCCCAGCAUUACCAGAGCGCCAGCACGGGGGUCAAUGGCACGGUCCCCUUGACACAUAUCUGAGACAGGAGGGAAGGAGAGGGACAGAAACUUGCAUUGAACCCGGCUGAACGGUACCUCUGUCUGCCUGGCCGCCACCACCACUUCCCUCCCCAGCGCACACACCCUGCCGGCUCCCUUUUUGUACAGAAAAUGUGUGGAUGUUCUUGUAAUAAUAAUAAUAAUAAUAAAUAAUAAUUAAUAAUGAGAAAAAAGGUAAUGAUUGCUCUAAUUACCUUUUUUAGGACUAGUUUCUGAAACUAGUUUUUGCGUUUUAGACUGAACUUCUGUGUUUUAUUGAGACUUUUGUACAGUAUUUAUCAUUCAUCCACGAGGCAUAGAGCGUUUUAUUUGCUAAAGAGAAAAAAAUCACAAAAAGACAAAAAAAAAUAAGAAUAAUCACACAAAGAUCUAGGCGAUGCCAACUUUUAUACCGCAGAAGCGUUACCCGCUUCUUCCUUGGAUCGCUUCUUGUGUAGGCUUUUUAUUGCCUAAUUAAGACAAAGUUGAUGGGGAAACAGUUCUCAUUUAUUACACAUGUACUAAGACAAAUCCAAAACCACACGUAAAAGUUUUUGUAGAUGUUAUUGCGGGGGUUUUAUUUGUUCGUUUAUUUAUAAAACUUUUUUCCCGACUGCAACAUUAUUCUUGGUUUUGUAAAACUUUAUUGUACCUUUAUUUUUAUUUUUUGUUUUGUUUGUUUUUAUAUGAUUUCUUGUAAAUGCAUUGUGAAUUAAUUUUUAUUUUAGGCGUUACGAGGGAAUUGUGUAUAUAGUUUACUAAAAAGCCUUUCUGCUAAAGAAAAUUCCUAAGGAUGCGUUCGUUGAAUACUGAGUUAAAUAAAUUUCAAAGUGGAAAAAGUCACCUGUUUUUUUUUUCAAUAAACCCGAAAGGUACUAAUUUUAUACGCAUGGUAUGCCUUAAAAUAUAACCGGUAAACCUAGAAAUUGAAAAGGAAUUUAAAAAAUGUGAUCAGAAAAUAACAGAAAACAAAUCCCGUAUUGUGUUUAGAUUUCUCACCAUCUAUAUAAAACUGAAGGGAUGAAAGUAACAAAAGUGGUGUAGCUUUUUUUUAAAGAUUAUUUUAAUAGCUGUUAAGUAUUGUUAAGAAGGCGACCUAUUAAAAUACUUUCCAUAGUA